UGAUAUUUAGCAACGGAUUUUUAUGUUCUCAUUCUAAAUAACGUUGGGACAAAUUUUGCCUUUCGUGAUCAAUAAAUUAAAGUCGAUUUAUUAUUCUAACACAGUAUUCACUGACAAAACUGUUCUUAAAUUCCUGACAUCCGGUUAAUGACAGUGGCGCACAUGCGCAGAAGCAUGAUUAUCCGGUGACCAUUUUGUUGCAGUGACUUGGUUUUUUAUUCAUCAAAUAUAUUUUCCACUCACUAACAACGGCAGACAAAGAUUUUACUUCUAGAAUCUGUAGUAAGGCUUAACCCAAGAAAAAACAAACGAAACGCACACCACAUUUUUUUCUUCUUUAUUCUUUCAAUUUCUCUUCUUUUCCCCUAAACAACCCAUCAUGAUCUGUAAGUAAAAACCUAAUUACUUCCAUGGAGCGAAAACAAAGACAUUAAUUUUUCUCCUUCUCUCUCUCUCUCUCUCUUUUGUUUUUGGGGGGUUGUUUUAUGUUUCUGUAUCUGCUCACUUUUAAUCACAUUUCAUGAAUCUCUCUUUCUCCCUCUGAUAUAUCAACAUAUGUGAAAUACACAGAAUUCAAAUUUUAAUUUCUUUUGUUUCUCCUUCCCCGUUUUUCUUUUUAAGUUAAUGUCUCUCUUUUUUUGUCUCCUAGAUAAAUUGUGUUUAAGUAUUUUGCCAAUCUCUUAGAAUCUAAUUUCAAGCUCUACAUUCAAAUACACAACGUUAAACAUACACAACACUAAAAUAUAUAUUUCUAUCUAAAAUAGUCUUUUUCUACCUAAACACCCACUCCCUACACUUUGAAACAAAGUCGUAGCGAUCGAUUAUUGAACUCGAAACCAGAAUAUAUUCAACAAUAAACAAGAUGAUGGCUACCAACACAUGCACCCUGGUAUCUGCUUUGUCCAGUACUCCUGUUUCACCAACACUACCACUAUCGUCAUCAAUAACAUCGGCAUCAUCAUCGUCAGCCGCUCUGGCUGCAACAACAACCAGUUUAACAGCCACAGCGGCAUUACCCCCGGAGGAAAUAGGUUACAUACCCGAUAAAGUAAAGAAAGCUGAGAAAAGAAUUUCUGCAUACCCCUAUGAUACUGAGGCAUGGAGUGUUCUAAUCAGAGAUGCCCAGAUGAAAAUGAUUGGAGAUGCCCGAAACACCUAUGAGAGGCUUGUAACACAGUUUCCUAAUGCUGGACGCUAUUGGAAGAGUUACAUUGAGCAAGAGAUGAAGGCUAAAAAUUAUGAAAGAGUUGAAAAACUUUUCCAGCGCUGUUUAAUAAAGGUUCUGAAUAUAGAUCUGUGGAAGCUCUACCUCUCAUAUAUAAAGGAAACCAAGGGAAAGUUGCCUUCUUACAGAGAAAAGAUGGCCCAAGCCUAUGAUUUUGCCUUAGAUAAAGUAGGAAUGGAUAUUAUGUCAUACCAGAUUUGGGUUGAUUAUAUAAACUUCUUAAAAUCUGUUGAAGCUGUCGGGUCGUAUGCCGAAAACCAACGUAUAACAGCAGUUAGGAAAGUCUAUCAACGAGGUGUCGUUAAUCCAAUGAUCAAUAUUGAAUUGUUAUGGAAAGACUAUAAUCAAUAUGAAACAAAUAUAAAUCCUUUAAUUGCUAAAAAGAUGUCAGAAGACAGAGGCCGUGAUUAUAUGAAUGCACGAAGAGUUGCCAAAGAGUAUGAAGCAGUUACGAGAGGGUUAAACAGGAAUUCCCCCUCAGUACCCCCACAAAAUACCCCUGAAGAAGCAAAACAGGUUGAACUCUGGAAACGUUAUAUAGCUUGGGAGAAAAGUAAUCCUUUACGGACUGAGGAUCAUGCAUUAAUUACAAGACGCGUAAUGUUUGCCUAUGAGCAAUGUCUUUUAUGCCUUGGCCAUCACCCAGAUAUUUGGUAUGAAGCUGCAUCUUUUCUGGAACAAAGUAGUAAGCUCCUCACAGAAAAGGGGGACCAAAAUGCUGGGAAAAUUUUUGCUGAUGAAGCUGCUGCCAUUUAUGAACGAGCAAUCACCACACUCUUGAAGACAAAUAUGUUGCUGUAUUUUGCAUAUGCAGAUUUUGAAGAGAGUCGUAUGAAAAAUGACAAGGUCCAUUCAAUAUACAAACGUCUAUUGGCUAUUCAAGAAAUUGAUCCAACUUUGGCCUACAUUCAAUACAUGAAGUUUGCUCGAAGAGCAGAAGGAAUUAAAGCUGCUCGCCUUGUCUUUAAAAUGGCUCGGGAUGAUACUCGAACUCGCUUCCAUGUCUAUGUAUCAGCUGCACUAACGGAAUAUUAUUGUAGUAAGGAGAAAACUGUGGCUCUGAGAAUAUUUGAACUAGGUCUGAAGAAAUAUGGAGAAAUUCCAGAUUAUGUUCUUGGCUAUGUUGAUUUUAUGUCACAUUUAAACGAGGAUAACAAUACUCGAGUGCUGUAUGAAAGAGUUUUGUCUUCCGGUCAGAUCCCUCCAGAAAGAUCUAGUGAAAUCUGGAGUCGAUUUCUUUCUUUUGAGUCUGAAGUUGGAGAUUUAUCAAGUAUUUUAAAAGUAGAAAAGAGAAGAGCCGCAGCUACAAAUCAGCUGCAAGAAUUUGAAGGGAAAGAAACGGCCUUGUUGAUUGAUCGCUAUAAAUACAUGGAUCUCUACCCUUGUUCACAGAUGGAGUUGAAGGCUUUGGGGUACAGAAACUUUUCUUCAAUGCACGUAGCUCAAAUGCCUUCAACUGGUGAAUGUAUUCCUCGGAAUUGGAAUGAUGAAGAAGAUAACAGAAAGAGACCAGAAUAUCCCAAACCUGACCUUGAACAAAUGCUGCCUUAUAAACCUCGACUUUUACCUCCUUCAGGUGCUCAUCCCAUGCCAGGUGGAGUUUUCCCUCCACCACCAGCUGCUGCACACCUCCUUACCUUGUUACCACCACCAAAUUGUUUCCAUGGUCCCUUUGUUAUGAUAGAUCAGUUUAUCAAACACAUUACAAAUGUCACUUUACCUGACGAACCUGUUGUUAUAGAAAAUGGAAUGGAAUCUUCCAAGAUUGACCCUGGAACCUUAAUAUCAAUAGAGAUUGCUACAGGUGUGAGGAAACGCAAAGCAGAAAUAACCACAGAGGUUGGGGAAGAAAGUGAUGAAGAAAAUUCUGAGAUGUUGGAACCCCCACUUCAUGACAUUUAUCGCAGUCGACAGCAGAAACGAGUUAAAUGAGAACCUCCCUCCUGCUAGCCAUCACUUCAUCUCUUGUAAACUUUAUUGGCAACUUGCUAAAUUCUAUCUCAUUAUUGCUGGCAACUCACAUGCUCACUUCACCCUCAUUAACAACUCACGUCAUUUCCAGCUUAGCCUUUUCUAAACAUUUCCUAAAACUCCAUCUAAUUUACACAUAUAUGCAUGUGUGGUGUGUGUAAUAUAUAUAUGUAUAUACACAUAUAUGUAUGUAUGUAUAAUUUGUAGCCAACAUUUUGUCAACAUUUAAUGUCAUUUUCGAUCCAUUUCUGUCUUAUCAUCUCUGUUGACCCCACUUUUUUUUUUGGUUCUCCUCAAAUUAAUCUGGGAUCAGUUUUGUUCAGCUUCAUCUCCAUCUUGUUUUUGAUGCACAUUGUUCGCCUCAAUCACUGUUUCUCAUCCUCAUUGACAACUGUCACUCUUGUCUAAUUUACAAACACACCAGGUCAUCUAACACUGUCGUUGUCAUCAUCAUCAUCAUCAUCAUCAUCAUCAUCAUCAUUUGAUAUUUUGGCCAGCCACAUCAAACCUUACUGGUUUAUUUUUUUUAUAUUACUGUAAAGAAAAUAAAAAAAAACAACAAACAAAACACAAAUUCAAUAUCUCCAUUGUGGUCAAACCUGCUUCCUCUGGGAUCUUAGUAGUUUUUUUUUCAACACAUACAUACAUACACACAUGUGUAUGUGUGUACGUGUACCUGUGUGUGUGUGUGUAUGUAUGUAUGUAUGUAUUAUUGUCACUUGAAAAGAGGAUGCUAGAACUGAAUUUUUUGUGAAGUUAAACAUACUACCUCUUUAGGAUGACUGAAUUUGACCACUGCUGCUGUGUGUCUGUGUGUAUGUGCGUGUGUGUGCAUGUAUGAAAUAAACAUGGGCUACUGUGAUCAGUGACCUUGGAUGGAUUGUUUCAUUGUUGAUGUUGUUGCACAUUAGACACCAAUAAAAAAAAUAAAAACCUCCAUACCUUUUCCUUAUUUGUCUACCCCCACUUCUCAAAUCUCCACCUCACCCCAAAAACAAUUACAAAGAAAUUUUUUUUCUGCUUGCUAGCAUUUAAACAGUACGAUCUUCCAAAGAUCAUUAUUGAGUGCAUGGGUGGGGGGAGGGAUAAAAAGUGAUGGAUUGGUCACUGAACUGGAAUUAGAAUGUCUUGCAUUAUUUUAGUUUUGUCCCUUCUUAGAUUCUGCUGGAGGAAGACAAGGGAAUCAGUUUUCCUUUCACUCACCCCUUCUAUGGCUUGAUACAAUACCAGUUAUGUAUUCGGAUUUAUUGAGUUGUGGUGUGUGUGUGUGUGUACAUACAUAUAUAUGUGUGUGUGUGUAUAUAUAUAUGCCUCUACAUAGAUAUAUCCUCUAGGUACAAUAAUUGACUUUGUGCCUCCUCAGAUGUAUUCCUUAUUAAAUAUUCAGUUCACUUUUCUUAAACUCACCCCCUCCUCUCUAUUUCUUUUAAGCCAACACUACUGACAUUAUUAAAGUUUAUUGUUUAUAUUUUUUUAUAUUUCAUCUGUAUUAAUUCUUCCUUUUUGAUGUGUAAAUCAAGACAUUAUCUAUAAGAGGUUUGUGAUAUAGUUGACAGAGACAGUGAAACAAUGGAACAAAUAUAUCUGACAGUAUUUCUGUGUCCUCCACUUUCGCUGAGAAAUCUUUUGGGCUCAACUUUGCUUGUCAUCACAGAUUUGCAGUGGAAUUUGCUCCACAUCAGUCAACUCUACCCACAGUAUUUUACAAAUUUUUGGUAUCCUCUGCCAAGCUUCUAUGGUAACAUCCUUAAAGGAAACAACAAUAGAUUUUUUUUCAAUUUCUGCAUCUUCCCAACUCAGUUAGUCGUUAAUUUUAUUCAUCUCACUUGAAGAAAUCUCUGAGAAAUUUUAAUGAAAUAGAAAGAUUGAUUCUUCCCCUUUCCCUACCACCAUUAAUUAAUAUAUUAAUUAAUAACAACUCCGUUACCUUAAAUUAAAUGUAAAAUCCUCCCAUCUACCUGUCCACUUGGCACUAAAUUGAUUUUCUCCUUUUUCUUUUGUAUAAGGAAAUUGUUUCAACAAAAUGAAUUUAUUUUGUUUUCUUUUUACUUUAAAUAGUUCCAAAUUGGAAUCAUAUCUCUUUUUUUACUAAUGCUCUUAGAAACCUCAUGAGCAUCACAACAUCCCAGAAUUGCUACAACAUUGUAAAAAUGACCUUGUGAUAUUUCUUUCAGUUCUUUACAUUCUGGAUUCAUUUCCAGCUUACGUCAACUUUGC